UCCGCUUCAGAGCAUGACCCACCUCUAGCUGAUGGAGGUCAGGGAGAUACAUUCCCCAUGAGCAAAUCAUUCCAGAGUGUCUUUGUUUGGGGCUUCUCACUCCUUUCUCUGCAGCAUCUGGCUACUGGAACAGUGUCUCCCUGGUUAAUCUGGACUGCAGCUCUUUCACAUUUCCCUUCCCCGCUGCUGGAUGAGUGGGAUUCUCAUGGGCCAGAAGGUCAGGAAUCCUCCACCUGUCUCCUUUCCACCCAGGUGCAGCAGCUCUGCUCGGGUCCCUAGUGGAGGAUGUUCGGCUCAGAAUACAUGCUGUCCUCGCUCCCGGCUGCAUCUCACUUCUACAGCCCUGCUUUCUCGGCCCAGCUCGCAUCCGCUCCUGUCUGCAGCCUCUUCCUCCCAGCCCCCAUUUUCAGCUACCAGCUCUUCCAGCCCUGCAGCCCUCCGGAGCCCUGCAAACAAGCAUUGCUGCUGGCGAGCCAAGGCACAGGUUUGGGGGAGCUGGGGGACUUCUCAGAGGAAGCUCGCCCGCAGAAGCAGAGACGAGCCCGAGCCAAUUACAGCAGCUGGCAGCUGGAGGAGCUGGAAUCAGCCUUUGAGACCACGCACUACCCUGACAUCUUCAUGAGGGAGGCCCUAGCCCUCCGGCUAGACCUGAUAGAGGCCAGGGUUCAGGUUUGGUUCCAGAACCGCAGAGCGAAGCUGAGGAGACAACUGAAACUGCAGGGUCGAGCUCUGGACCGAGCCCUCACUAGGGACUCAUCUGCCUCAGGACACAAGAAGCCCCAAGCCCCCCAGGAAAUCGAAGGUUCAAGUAAGAGCUCUAGAGUUGGAACACUGGAAGGAGACCCGGAACACUGGCCAAGCACUGGCCCCAAAGGGCAGUCUCCUCCUGGACCUCCCCUGUAUAGGGGAUCUGAGGCCACCGGGGGAGCCAAGGCCAGAGGAAAUUUAGUCCUACAGGACCCCCAGCUUGUGGGUCAAGGCACAAGAGCAUGAGGCUGAAAUUGACCUCCCCCCACCCCCUGCAGUUCAGGAGCAGCCUGACUCAGAACCAGACCCAGCAGGGCUCUGGGCACACACAAAUAGAGCCUGAAACUGACCCUGACAUCAGUCCCCCCUUCCCGGAUCUCUCCAGCCUCUGGGCCUUGGACCUUCGCUCCCAAACAAAGACUGUAACCAUUUCUUCAGGGGGCUAUAGUCACCGUGAAUGGAGCAGGGAACAUCAGAGGCAUUAUAGGGGCUUCCCAAGCCCACUGAAGGCCGUUGUCCAGCCUUGUCCAUCUCUGAGCACCCUUGGUGCCUCCCUGUUUAGUAGCUGUGGCCUGAAUUACUUUUCUCUGAUUGGCGUCUGCAUUACACUUCCAAGCACCUGCACUCAACGAGGACAACAGCCUGUCAGAGACUUUGGUUCUAAGAUACCCUGGUUACAGUCCUUCCAUAUUUGAGCAGGGACAGACCCAUCCCCGGCUCCAGGCUUAUUUCUCAGGAUCCCUUCACUAGAACACAUGCAUGAGUGCAUCCUUAGCAGGGGGAUGUCGCCGCUCUACUCUGGGUUGUCUUCUUCAAAUUAGGCUAUUUUUGUCAUAGGCUCUGGUCCAAUGAGCCUGUGUUUGGGAUGGUUGCCAAUUUUGAUUGGACGUAUUCUUGGAGGUUUCAUCACAUGACAUAAUCUUUAAUUAAAGAUUAAUUCCAGGGGACUCCAGGGCAAUCCUGUAUGAUUGGCUUAGCUGGGGCCUUGGAGCCCCUAGGCAGUAGAACUGGGCCCCUGAGCUGUGUGACAGUGCAGAAGUAUGAAGCAGGCAGACUCCUGAUCUUCAUACUAUAGCAUGGCUUUUGGGUCUGUGUGGAGUUCUCACCCGCUAUCCAGAGCCAGGGAGGGUAACCAGAUAUCCUCAUAUUAUCAGGCCUGUCCCAUUAUUAGGGGCUUUGUCUUGUAUACGCAACCAUACCUCCCCCUGAAAAAAGGUGUCCCGAUUUUUCACACUUGUUAUCUGGUCACCCUAGAGCUAGGGAUCCUUCUCCAUUGUUCAACUCUGUGCUUUGUGGCUUCCUGGCUAUUCCCUCCACUCUAUACCUCCCAUGACCACUAGAGGGCCUUGAGGUUCUGCAGAUGUUACAGCUCCUUAGAAGGUACCUGGGCUG